GCUGCCGAUUUACACCCCAAGCUGUACCCAGUUCUUAUUAGGGUUUCUUCCCCGAGCUCAUCACCAUGGCUCAAGAGUUUGUGAACUGCAAAAUCCAGCCAGGGAAGGUGGUGGUGUUCAUCAAACACACCUGCCCCUACUGCAAGAGGACCCAAGAGCUCUUGAACCAACUGCCCUUCAAACCAGGGACUCUGGAAUUCGUGGAUAUCAUGGGCAGAAAAGACAUGGAGGAGAUCCAAGACUACCUGAAACAGCUCACUGGAGCCAGGACGGUUCCAAGGGUCUUUCUCGGCAAAGAGUGCAUUGGUGGCUGCAGUGAUCUGGUGAACAUGCAUCAGAGCGGGGAACUGCUAAUGCGGCUGAAGCAGAUGGGAGCUUUGCAGUAAUGGCAG